AUGGAUCAGUUCGAUACUAAUCUCAGUGAGAGAUUGAUUGAACAAUCAAGAUCAAAUUCCACUUCACAAGAUGAGCAAUUAGAAAAGGCUGUUAAAUUGCAAAAUUAUUACGGUCAACUGUUACAUGAAAAAUCGUCUGAACUGGUGGCAGUCAACGGUGUGAUUGUUAAUAAUUCAGAAUCAAUACGACCUCAGGUUCUACAGAGGUAUCUAGAUGCUACAAUCUUACAGGCCAAGACCGUAGGUCAAUUGGUCGAAUCGGCAGAUAUACUCGAUAUGAAAUUGGUUCAACAUGGAUUGGUAGAGAAUGCUCAACAAACAUUAGGAUCAAGAGGUACGCUGCAAUUACCGCUAAUCAAAUACCAUUUUGCCAGCCAAAUCUAUGACUCCGCCAAUAUUCCUGAAACUGUAUCAGUCAUCGAUGUGAUAUCACAGCUACAGUUAUUUCCCUUGAGAAAGUUUAUGGCUAGGACUGGUACUAAUAUUGGUAAUGGUGAAGGUGAUGGAUACUUGCAAUUCCAACUACGCAAUAUGUUUGGUGGUGGUGAGCAAUUGAGAUUUGAUGUGACAAAGGGUACCAAGACUUUCAGUUCUUAUUUGAUCAAUUACGCUCAACCUUUGAACCCAUGGUGGGUUUGGGAUUCAUUGUUCUUCAAGAAUUGUAAACAGAUGGGGAAUAGAAACUCUAUCGAAACUUUAUUGAGAGGAUUCCGUACGUGUUUAAGAAGUGGAUUUUAUGGUGAUAGUGUCCUUAAUCAUGAAUUCUUUUGCGAUGUUGCAUUGAGAAAUAAUAAAAUGAAUUCCCUAGAUACUUGUGAUACUCUGCUAUACCAAGCUGGUGAUGAUGUUAAGAAGUCAUUAGGGCAUAUCAUGAUUUGGGAUAGACGAGAUAACCCAGUAAGUGCGUCUAGGGGGAGUCUUUUUAGAUGGUAUAACGAAUUGUCAUUGGGAAAAUUUUGGAAAUCUCAGAUAGAACUCUCUAAGGCACAGAGUUGGUUUCGAGACGAUUGGCUGACCGUUAAUGGAACUUUGAAGACUGGAUACAUCCAUAAUUUUCACCCAACGUCACAAUCUCUAAACAUCUGCGAUAAAUUUCAAAAUGGUGGUGGUAACGAUGUCCGUAGUUUCCAAUACAUGGGAUUGGGACCCAAGGAUAUUUAUGAUUCCAUUGGUGGUGAUGCAUUUGUGUCGUACGGUGUAAGCGUUUUCACAAGAUUACCAUUCCAUAAGAUUUCCCACUCCAACUUUAGGUUGCAUUGGUUUUUGAACGGUGGUAAAUUGAUCAACCAUAACAAUUCGAGUUUACAAGAUGUGAUUAAAAACCUUUCUACCCAACACUCAACUUCGAUUGGAUUUGGUCUUGUACUAAAGCACCCAGUGGCUCGUUUUGAGCUAAAUUUUGCACUACCAGUGACUUGCCAUACAGGAGAUUGCAUUAGGAAAGGUUUCCAAUAUGGUAUUGGUCUAUCAUUUUUGUAA